AUGUCUAAUGUAAUGGCCAGUGAUUCUUCCCGCCAUCGCCGUAUCGGCAGACCCUACGGCAGUAAGGAUUCAUAUGCGCCACGCAUCAAGAGAGGACUGACAUCAACGUCUGAUAACAGAGCACCUCCGGGACCAAAGGCUUUGACAGAUGAUGAGAUCAGACUGAAGCUAGACAAGAAAGAUCCUCCUCCAGAUCCUCGCUAUUCCCUCGCAAGAGAAAUCUUGAACCUCACGACGCAGUGGCCAUGGGAGUGGACUGAGAACUUCGAGCCCGAGAAGUGGACUGUCGCCAUGACGAGGGACCUGCGGGAUCUGAUCAAGGGGUACCAAGGCAGGUUCAAUCUUUACGGCGAUAGCUGUAAGAAUCUCAAGGUGCUUCUGGUUCGCUCUGCGAGGGAGCGGGAUAAGAACAAUCCGAAGCUCACCAGAGAUGAUCUGAGUAAUACCCUCAAGUAUUAUAGUCUUGAGACCAAGAAAGAAAAGAAGCAACAGCAAGUGUCUGUGCCAUGUGAGAAUACCGCCGCGACACCGAUCGUGAUUGAGGAUACGCCGCCGGAGACACCACAUGCUGUGUCACGGGCUUCUCCGGCGCCGUCUUCCUCAUCGGUCGUGUCCAACUACACAUCGGCGUCCUCUCCUGUUUCGAGAGCGUCGAGUGUAACGACGGUCACGGCGGAUUCUCCAGGGGCAACACGUGCGGAGCCAUCAUGUCCGACCGUCCACGAAGAUCAAGUGGACGAGACGAUGCAAGAUGACUCCAUGUUUGUGGAAACAGUAUCAGAUUUUCCUGGAUACAGGAGCUCCAGCGCUGAUAAGGGAGAGGACUGCAAGUCCCCUAAAUCAAACCCAUCGCCGCAAACUGAAGGCAUGGAGUCUGAACCCUCGGUUCAACCUCAACCUGAGGAGCCUUCUGAAACUGUUGAACGGCCUGAAGCUCACGUCAGAGAGUCAGUAGAACCAGAGAUGGACAUCGACUCUGACGUUGCCAUCCACGAGCCUGUUGCUCAAAACACUACAGAAUCAAACUCAAGUUCGCCGCAAGCACAAUCAACUCCUUCACCCCUAUCAACUCCAGAGGACAUCAUCAAAAGUCUAGAACUUCUAGAACUCCAAGAAAAAUCAGAAGGGGAAAAACUCACAUCCCUCCUCACAACCUCAAAAACCAAAGUCCAAGCCACAGAAUCCGCCAUGGCACAAGGCUCCGACAGAAAACUCCGAGCCCUAUGUGAAAACCUAAAGAUGUUCCAGGCAAGAAGGGCAGAAAUCAUCGACGGCCUAGCCUUUCUCAAAGAAAAUUUAGAACGACGCGGUGUACACCCAGAGUCGGAUGAAUACAGACAAACUCUGCUUCAUAACAACUCAAGACUGCAGCACUGCGAGACUACAAUACUGAAUGUGCAGAAAGAAGCCGAGGAGGAAUUUCAAAAGGCGACGCUAAGGGAGAUUGAGAUGAGAGGGCAGCUUGAGAAGGAGUAUGCUGAGUUUGAGCAGCUGCAGGAUAAGGAGAGGGGAAUCUGUCGCAAUGUGCAGUAUUACAGCUUCGUAGCCUCGCUAUUGAGGCUGGGGCCCCUGAGACUGGAUAGCUUGUUGUAUAAGCUGCGGUACAGUGGUGUUGAUAUGGUUGGUGAAGUCAAGAAGAACUCUCCGGAUGCCGUGCUGGAUCACGCCAUGACGACCUGA